GCGGAAGCUCAACAGCGAGUUGCAGUGGAAAUAGCAGAACAAUUCCUAGCAAUAUCCGGUAUCACUGACAAAUACACGGUUACAGGAAUAGUCAAUGCCCCGAUUCUCUCAGCUGCAAUGUCGAGUGAUAAUGGAGCCUGGAUCGAGCUGUCGAAGAGGCUCGGCCAAUUGGCUGCCAGAUUCCUCAAGAAAAACGUUAAAGCACAAAUUGAAAGUCAAACUGUUGGGACUGGAAUGCAGAAUAAGAAAUUUAUCCAUACGGCUGUGCUCGUUGGUGUGCUCAGUGGACAGACCCAGAAUGGCUUGAAUCUUAUCAAUGCACCAACACUUGCCAAGGAUAUUGGAAUUGAUCUCAAAGAGGCUCAUUUCGAUGGGGAUGGGGACAUGGUUGCUGUGAGAAUCGGACAGCAUUUACUGAAAGGUACCGUACGGAACAAUGAAGCUCUUCUUCUUUCCAUCGACGAUGCGAUUUUCAAUAAUGGAAUUGUCCUAAGAGACUUUAUCUCACUGUAUCAUGCAAAUGGACCGCAGGAUCUCGCGACCAUUGUCAACGCCUUCUCCUCCAAAGACAUCGGCAUCAAUAGUCUUUAUGCUAAUGGCGUUUGGCUCGCCAUUGAGACAAAUCAGGAUGUUUCAAUUCCCAUCAACGGAAUUGAGGUUUAUUAAAGUGCACACCAAUAUAGAUAAUUCCA